AUGUCUACCUCAGAUGUUCCAGAAGAGAGGCUGAGAAAAUUUAAGUAUCGAGGCAAAGAUGCAUCUAUGAGGCGACAACAGAGGAUCAUUGUCAGCGUGGAGCUUCGGAAGGCCAGGAAAGAUGAGCAGGUCUUAAAGAGAAGGAAUAUCAAUCAUGUGUCUGCUGAUCCUGCUUCUGAAAAAAUAGCCAAAAGGGUCGACCUCACUCUGGAUGAAAUAAUCAAAGGUGUGAAUAGUUCUGAUCCAGUUGUAUGUUUCCAGGCCACACAGGCAGCCAGGAAAAUGCUGUCCCGGGAACGGAACCCUCCCCUGAAAUCAUUUGUUGCAGCAGGACUCAUCCCGAGGCUGGUGGAGUUCCUGAAGUGGUCACUCCAUCCCUUCCUGCAGUUUGAGGCAGCCUGGGCUCUCACCAACAUUGCUUCUGGGACUUCGGAUCAGACCCGAGCCGUGGUGGAAGGGGGUGCCGUCCUGCCCUUGAUUGAGCUCCUGUCUUCUCCCCAUAUGACCGUGUGUGAGCAAGCUGUGUGGGCGCUCGGGAAUAUUGCCGGUGAUGGCUCAGAAUUCAGAGAUGUCGUGAUUGCGAGCAAUGCCAUUCCACAUCUGUUAGCCCUGGUUUCGUCAGCCAUACCAAUCACAUUUCUGCGGAAUAUCGCAUGGACCUUGUCCAACCUGUGCCGGAACAAGAACCCAUAUCCUUGCAGUGAAGCGGUGAAGCAAAUGCUGCCUAUCCUCUCCCAACUGCUGCAGCAUCAGGACAAUGAGGUUCUCUCAGACACCUGCUGGGCUCUGUCCUACCUCACUGAUGGCUGCAAUGAGCGCAUCGGGCAAGUGGUCCACACAGGGGUCCUGCCCAGGCUGGUGGACCUCAUGACCAGAUCGGAACUCAGUAUCUUGAUCCCCUCUCUCCGCACGAUGGGGAAUGUUGUCACGGGAACAGAUCACCAGACCCAGCUGGCCAUCAAUGCCGGCUUGCUAACUGUGCUGGCCCCACUCCUGAAGCACUCUAGUAUCUCCAUCCAGAAGGAAGCAGCCUGGACCCUGAGCAAUGUGGCCGCUGGGCCUCACCAGCACAUCCAGCAGCUGAUUGCUUUCAACAUGCUGCUGCCAUUGGUGGACAUACUAAAGGACGGAGAGUUUAGAGUUCAGAGAGAGGCCUUGUGGACAGUAGCUAACUUCGUCUCGGGGGCCACGGUGGAUCAGAUAUUUCGGCUUGUCCACUCUGGAGUCAUGGGGCCACUGUUGAAUCUGCUCAGCGUCCCGGACGUGAGGAUGGUUAACAUCAUUCUCGAUGUCAUUGCUUACAUUCUCCAGAAAGCAGAGAGAAUAUGUGAGAAGGAAAACCUGUGCAUUCUGAUAGAAGAGCUGGGUGGGAUCGACAGGAUCGAGGCUUUACAACUGCAUGAGAACCAUCAGAUCAGCCAGGCUGCUCAGAACCUCAUCGAGAAACACUUUGGUGAGGCAGGAGAGCUGGCGGGCGACGUCGCGGCGCGCCGCGCCCCGCCCGUGCGCGGCGUGGCCCGCGGGCACGCGCACGCACGCAGUCGCGGGGGCGCACGGCGCGGGGACGCGCAGGGCCGGGCCGGCACGGCGCCGGGCACGCGCGCGGCUCCGGGAGGCGGCGGCGGCGGCGGAAGCGGCGAGGGCGGCGGGCGUCCGGCUCUGAGGAGGUGGAAGCAGCGGCGGCGGCUCGGAACUGGGCUCAGCUGGCUGGAGCAAGGGUCGGAGCGCCGGGCCAAGCGCCGAUUCCCGGGCUGGACCACCCGCCCGCCGCCCAGACGCCUGGGCCGCGGAGUUUGUGUCCCGGCUCGGACCCCGGCGCCCAGCCCGGAGCCGUAA